CCGUCCUGCCGGUGCUUGCCAGCAUGUCCUUCAUCCCGGUGGCAGAGAAUUCCGACUUCCCCAUCCACAACCUGCCUUAUGGCGUCUUUUCCACCAAAAGUAAUCCAAGACCGAGGAUCGGAGUGGCGAUUGGUGACCAGAUCUUGGACCUCAGUGUCAUUAAGCACCUCUUCACCGGGCCUGUCCUCUCCAAGCACCAGGAUGUCUUUGAGCAGCCAACUCUCAAUAGCUUCAUGGGCCUGGGACAGGCGGCCUGGAAGGAGGCAAGAGCUACAUUGCAGAGCUUGCUGUCUGCCAGCCAAGCCAGGCUCAGAGAUGACACGGAGCUUCGCAAACGGGCUUUCACAUCCCAAGCUUCCGCUACGAUGCACCUUCCAGCCUCCAUAGGAGAUUACACAGACUUCUACUCCUCUCGACAGCAUGCUACAAACGUUGGCAUCAUGUUCAGGGGCAAGGAGAAUGCCUUAAUGCCAAACUGGUUGCACCUACCAGUGGGCUACCAUGGGCGUGCUUCUUCUGUCGUUGUGUCUGGGACCCCAGUCCGAAGGCCCACAGGACAGAUGUGCCCCGAUGACUCUAAGCCCCCUGUCUACGGCGCCUGCAAGCUCCUGGACAUAGAGUUGGAAGUGGCUUUCUUUGUAGGCCCUGGGAACAGAUUUGGAGAGCCAAUCCCUAUCUCCAAGGCCCACGAGCACAUUUUUGGAAUGGUCCUCAUGAACGACUGGAGUGCUCGAGACAUUCAGAAGUGGGAAUACGUCCCUCUCGGGCCGUUCCUUGGGAAGAGUUUUGGAACCACCAUCUCUCCCUGGGUAGUGCCCAUGGAUGCACUUAUGCCAUUCGUCUUGCCCAACCCGGUGCAGGAUCCUAAGCCACUGCCAUAUCUCUGCCACGAUCAGCCUUACACGUUUGACAUCAGCCUCUGUGUAGCCCUGAAAGGAGAAGGAAUGAGUCAGGCAGCUACCAUCUGCAAGUCAAAUUUUAAGCACAUGUACUGGACAAUGCUGCAGCAGCUCACUCACCACUCGGUUAAUGGUUGCAACCUCCGGCCAGGAGACCUGCUGGCUUCUGGAACCAUCAGUGGGCCGGAGCCGGAAAGUUUCGGCUCCAUGUUGGAGCUGUCUUGGAAGGGGACAAAGACCAUCGAUCUGGGGAAUGGACAGACCAGGAAGUUUCUGCUGGACGGAGAUGAAGUCAUCAUAACAGGGUUCUGCCAGGGGAAUGGCUAUCGCAUCGGGUUUGGCCAGUGUGCUGGGAAAGUGCUGCCGCCUUCCACACCGGUUCCUCCCCGACCAUCGGGUCGCCGCGCAGCGGUGGAAGGUCUUGGCUGGGGUGCCUAUGCAGGUCCCUUUGCGGCCACAGCGGGGUUUGGCCCAACCUCAGCGGCCACAGCUCUGCCCGAGGCGGGCGGGCUAGUUCCGCCACCGGGACCGCGCGCCGCCCUUGCCGUGCCAACAAAGCUGCGCCUCGGCCCGGAAGGAAGCUCCGCAGCCCUUACCUGGUGCGGCCCGUCCCGUGCGCCGCGGGGCUCUGGCUUGCUGGUCGCCGAGCUGGCUGCUGCCGUGGGCACUCGCCGAGGAGCUUCCCCGCGGGAGGAGCGCGGGUGCGGAGCGCUGCCCAGGCCCGGCUUCGCGCGCAUCGGCCAGGCUGCGGCUGAGUCAGCGCCCGGCAGGCGCGGGCGAGCCCCGGCCGGCCGCCUAGAGGGGGCUCUGCGCGGAGCCGCGGCCGCCCUGGCAUUUUAA